CAUUAUUGCAUCACCUUCUUUCUCUUUGGCCUCGUCCUUUUUCUUCAUCUUCUCCCCCAUCCCCCGCGACCACUCGAGCUCUUCUUAUUCUAAUCCUUCUAAUCCACCUUCUCCCUGUGUUCAACUGCAGUCUCGUCUGCCCGUCCAUUCCAACCCCCGCAGCUACCUUCAGCUCGAACUUCCCUCUAUUUUCCCCUGACAAUCCACCCUUUUCCUUAUCUUUCCAGCUUUCCGAACCACACAUCUUUCGUCAUGGCUGCUGACGUGAGUUAUCCCAACGUGAACGGCCAUGGGACUAUUACCAAUGGGCCUCUUGCCGACAACAUCAAAUCCGAGGCCUCCCGCACCAGUCAAGAGCUGCGCGAGCUGCGCAACGCAGCAGUGACUCCUUCCACCACCGCCGCCACCGGCCAGCCCCUAACUUACUACCACUCCCUGCUGUACAGCCUUCUGAGCUGGGAACAACCCCGAGCCACCGCCGUCUCUUUCAUCAGCGUUGUUGCUUUCAUCUUUGCCGCCCGUUACCUUCCGCUCCUCCGAUGGUUCUUCAAAUUUAUCUACGUGGUUCUGGGCUUCACCGCUCUCGCCGAGCUGGGUGGUCAACUCGCUUUGAAGCAGAGCGUCGUCGGAUCUUUCCGCCCUCGUAAAUACUACACUGUUCCCAAGGAGACGGUUGAAGCCGUGCUGGAGGAUCUGGAGCAGCUCGUCGAUUUCGUCUUGAUCGAGUUCCAGCGCGUUCUGUUCGCCGAGAACCUUGUUCACACCAUUGCUGCUUUCCUCGCCGCUUUCUCCGCCUACUGGUUGAUCAAGUUCCUUCCCUUCUGGGGUCUCUCCCUCAUCACCGUUACCAUUGCUUACUUGGGUCCUUUGGUCUACAUCAACAACCGUGAGGUCAUCGAUGCCCAGAUCGCGCACCUCCAGGAGCUGGUCAACAGCCAGGCCCACCAGCUGAAGGACAUCGCCGAGGAGCGUACCGCCCACGCGACGGGCAUCGUCAAGCAGUACGUCGAGGACUACAGCGCGAAGGCCCAGGGCUUCGUGCACCGCCGCUCUGCUUCGCGCUCCGUGACCCCCGAGGUGGCCAAGGUCGCCAGCAGCCCCGUCAUCAAGAAGGAACCCGAGACCGACCCCGAGACCAAGGUCCUCGACUUCCCUGAAGCCCCGAAGGCUGAGCCCGUGGCCCCCGCUGCUCCUGUCGCUCCCUUGUUGGAAUCCAGUGAGCAGCCUGCUGUCGAGGCUGAGGAGAAGGAGCCUCUUCUGGCUUGAAGGGAUGAUCGUGGGUGCGG